CAAAUCCCGUGAAGCACCGUUCACUUUCACACCGUUCUAGAAAGGCGUCUUAAAAUUAAGAACGAACAUUUGGCUCUUGCAACUUCCGAUGCCAGUUGUCUUUAGAUACUUUUCCACAUUUUAAGCAAAUUUGGCUUUCCGCUUUUGGGGGGCGUGUGAAAGAUUCUUCUACUCUAUUCACACUGUGUGACUGUUCUGAUGUUUUCAGCUCAUCUUUAGCUGGAGGAUGAUACAGGGCACCAGGUCUGGAAGCAGCGAGCUGGCCACAAUCAGAGACUUGAGUCAUCUGACAGGUGGAUAUAUGCCAAAUACCUGGGAUAGAAGAUGCAUGAGGAAACAGAGGAGAAGGACAGAUGAUGAAAGCUGCAGUCCUAAACGGCGAAAGCUGAUGGGAGAGGAAGGAGCAGAUGAGUAUCCAAGUCCUAAAGUGAGCCAAAGAUGGUCUGUGGAGUCUAUCACCUCUUCCCCUUCUGAGACCAGCCUGGUUCAGUUACACACUGAACCCAGGACAGAAGAAAUGGGUCUGCCCUUUACAUCCACUCUGUCUCCACUUCCCAGAGUUCCCACAGAAGGCUCAAGCAUGGAGGUAGAGGCCACUCAGAGGAGACUGCAGGAGAUCGAAGACAGGAUAACUUUGGAGGAUGAUAGUGAUGAAGAAGAGCUUGAUGUGGAACCGGCUCAGUGCAGACCAGUGCUGGUGAUGUCUGACAGCUUAAGAGAGGGGCUACAGCGGGGGAUCAGUGACAUUCUACCCCAAACAGUAGCGCAAUCAGUGAGCUGCUCCUGUAUGGAAUUGGUGUUGUGGCGCCCCCCAGAGGACCCUCUCACCCAGAGGCUGAAGGACUCUUUACAUAAACAGCAGCGCAAGCAGUUGGCAGUGAGCAGACAGACUUCCACCCCUGUACCCCACAUCAGCAGCCCCCCACCCCAACCCCAGUUCACAGCACCCAGUGAGCAGACUUUCAGCCCGCUGUUCAGCAGCCCUGCGCUCCUCAACUCUGGAGAGGAAGACAUGGAGUUAUAGAGGGAAAUCUUUACCAAAAACCUUAGCAUCCUGUGUGUACAAAAAAGCUUUGAAUUUUAUCAGUGCAAACAAGGAAUUACUAUAAGGGGAGAGCAUAAUGAGUAAUUCACAAAUGCUCACAUGAGAUUUCUCUUGUGCCAUGUAUUCUUUGUUUCAACCUGCGCUGCUUCUGUAGAUGGGACCAUAUUUGCACUAGACUAAAUGGGAAGUAUCCUAUGUGAACGUGGUCAGUGGUACAUUGAUUGAAUGUGCAGUUGCAACUUCACAUCCACUCUUUGCUGUUGAAAGCUGUGAAUAUUCAAACACAUUACUGGUUAACAAUGCAAAAUAUUUUAGGUUUUUCUGUAGGCAGUUAGUAUUAUUUCAGUGUCCUGUCAGUUUUUUAUUUUAUUUUUUUUAAGAUGCUGUAGUUAUGGAAAGCGCCGAUUGAUGAAUUUGAUGAAAUGAAUGGGAGGUUGAUUUUGGAAGGGUCACCAUGUGCUCUUGAACUGGACAGAGACAGCAGCCGUGAUCUUUAUAACCGGUUUAACUAUCUACACAACAGAAAUGUGAUUGUUGGUGGAGAUGCAUAGGUAUACAAAUUGAAAUCUAUUGAUUUCAGUCGUUCAUUUUACCUGGUUCUGUUUUUCCAGCUGAAGAACAAAUAUCACUUCUAAGUCUGGCUGCAAUUAUUAAACCACAUUGAAAUACAGUAAGCUGCAAAUCCAUUUUGUCUGUGUUUUAAACAUUGGCCUAAAAUGAUUGUUUAAACAUUUCGUUUUACCCUUUUGCAAUUUAUACGUUUUGCCAAAAGUCAAAAUAUAAAAUUUGUAAAUAUUGACUAUAUCGUACUAUGACAGAUUUGUUUUUAAAUAAAAUCAGUUUGGCAUUAUA